CAUCUCAUCCACAAAAAUUACCGGCUCCUGGAAACAAUUUUGCAAAUAAAAUGGAAACUACUCUGAAUACGCAGUUCGAGCAGCUGCAAAAGAUCAUCGAGAGUAUACAUGUGGCGAAGAGCAAGGGACAAGCCACAGAGGAGGGAAGGAAGGCGGCCACUCUGAUGUUUGUGGCUCUGAAGCACGCCAAUCGCGAAGUCAAGCAAAAGAUCAAGGAUGGGCGGGACAAGCUGCACAUGGAGAAGUCCAAGGUGGACCUUAGCAGGUUGCAGCUGCAGAAUCUGCUGUACGAAGUGAGCCACUUGAAGAAGGAGAUUGUGCGCUGCCAAAAGUUCAAGAGUCGCGACUCCCAGUUGGAGUUGCUCUCCGAGACUGAGUACGCCAGCCAGCUGCCGAGCAUGCCGAGUGCCAAGGCCGAUUUGUCCAGUCACAAGAAGCACGUGCACCGCCUGGAGUGCGAGCUGCGGCUAAGGAAGGAUCUCGACAAGCAGUACAGCUCACUGCUGAGCUCAAAGCAGGAACUGUUGCAGGAAAAUCUCAGCCAGACGCAGAGGUACACCUCGUUUUCGCCAGCUCUGCGCACCCUGCUGGGAGCCACAAAGCCCCUGCACGACGCCCUGCAGCUGUCCCUCGACUUGGAGUGGAAACUGAGUGCCGUGUUCAAGUAUCUGCCAAAGCCGCUCUACGUUUCGUUUAUAAACCUGCAAUCGCUGCAAAGGACGAGGGAUGACCUAUCCUUCACCGCCGAGGUGGUUGGCUAUGAAAGCGAGGCUCAGAUGCAGGAGUUGCUCAACGAGAAGCGCCAAGCCGCCUUGCGGCGAGAAGGACCAACCAAAACUGAAGAGCCCAUGGAUUUGGAUACUUUACUAACUCCCCAUGCUCUGCACAUUAAGCUGACGAUUGGAAACUCUGGGUCAAACCAGCUUAUCUUGCUCAUACGCUACUUCGAGGGGAUCAAGUGCGCCACAGUGUGGGCCCAAGUGAACUCUUCCAAUAGCCAAGGCGAAACCAACUUUAUUCACAAUCUCCUGCGGCAUUUAUACGCCAAUGAUAUGGGAAAUGAAAUACCCAUUCCUGGCAUUCAAUACGAGCUGGGUAGUUCCGGUCUGACCACCGAGGAGUGCCUGCGAUAUUUGGAGGACAAGGAGUUUGGAAAGCCCUUCUGCUGGCUGCAGGCCAUGUGCCUUAUUCCCACUGCCAACAGCUCCAUGCUCGAGCGCAAUUUGAAUAAGAACACCCGCGAGAUCAUAGCUCGCAUCGAAAGGCGCUGGAAUUCCUGGCUGCGAUUGAGCCAGCAGAUUCGCGGCCUCACCUACAAGGAUAUUGAUUUGUACACCUUAAGGGAAAACAUCUACCCGGUGGGUUUAUCGUGCAGCCUGGUCCAGUGGACGGCAAUCACACACGAAGAAUUUCAUGCGCAGAACUCGGACGUGUUGAAGAUUUCGUCAGACGACAGGGGCAUUACAUACAACUCCUAUCGUGCGGUAUUUGUCAGGAGCUCCGCUAAAAUGGAGUGCUUCAUCCGAAUACCGAGCAACUAUCCCCUGGAGAUGCCUCUUUGGAUCCUAACCGUGCACUGGAAUGGCUGUCAUACGUCCCAGAACAAUUCGGCCAUAAAGAUGAUGGAAUACUGGACGAACUCGUUGCAGCCCAAGCAGCUGGGGCCCAACGAGCGCCUACUCUAUGCCCAGCUCUUCCGCACCAUAUACAGCUUUGACAUAUUCCUGGAAACCGAGGGCUCCAUGCAAAGCUCGAUUGAGUACAACAAGGAGAAGCCCUACAUCAGUGCGUUUUCGAAGCGGAGCCGUGCCCGACCCUACAAGUACAUUAAGAAGGGUUCGGUGUACGCAUUUAAGCAGUGAUUCAGAUGCGCAGGCGGCUUACCAAACGGACUUCACAGUUUCUGUUUAUUACGUUUAGUAAUACAAUAAAUAAGUAACAUUUGUAAA